AGUGAUGGAUUCAGCCCACAGAAAAGUGACAGUCUUCUCCUAACGGGCCACAGGCAGCACUCAGACCUGCCCUGGAGCCUCAACAUCUAUCAGGAAACUACCUCCAGUAGCCAGACUCAGUUAUCAGACCACUUAUCUCCUGAAACUGUUCCAACUCUUUCAGCUGGAAUCUGAAACAGAAAACUGCGUAGAGUUUCUGACAAGUUAAGCCUCUGUUGGGCUAAUGAUAGUCUUUUAAUAACAGGCUUUAAAACAUCUCGACUCUCCACUGCUGGAAUGGACUAAGGUGACAAAAAGUGAGAAACAAGACGGGUAAGAGGAGGACUCAGGGGUGCAGGUUUCACACUUGGGAUGACUUUCUACCAGGAGGAACUUCAAUCAUCUUUGCCAGGAGGGCAAGGCAACUGAGGGAGCCUCAUCCACACUCUACAGCUCGAUCACGUAAGCACUGUGCAACCUUUGAUUCUUAAACACGUCAGACUUAUUUACAGGUUAGAUAAACAUGUUUUAAUCUUGUUUUGAUUAUAUUAAAACAUUACCUCAUUUCUCUGUAAUGAUAAACCCUCCACAUCUGUAACAAGUGAUCAAUCAGACCAAACGAGAUUUUUUAAUAUCAUAAAAGUGACCUUUGUUUAAGUUCGACUCUCUUGGCUGCAGCACUUUACAUAACAGUGACUUUUUUCACUCUUGAAUUCAUCACUUGACAUGCAGCAUCUGGUGUCUGACUCACACUGUUUGGUGCAAAAGGAUAAUUCCUCUCUCUGAUGACUAACCGGGUAGAUGUCUUAACAAGACUUGGCCGAGCGCAGGGGGAUGCUGGAGAGCCGGCUCUCUGCACCCCUAAAGGGGGUAAAAUCUAAGCACAUGGGUGCUGAGGAGAGCAUGUGAAAGAUGAUACUGUACGGUGAGAGCGGCGUAAAAUACAUGCUGACACUGAGGUUUUUUCUUCAUGUACCAUUUACCCCUCUGAAGGAGAUAAUGUAAGCAGCCUGCAGCUUCAGGAUGUUCCCCUGGGCUCAAGGGGACAGGGAAGCAGGCGGCUGAAUCCCGUCUUUGUUUCCGUUGCCAGGGGAAGUGUUUGGAUAAGGGGGCUUUGAGGUAAAACACUGGAACUUAUCGAAACAGUUCCCGUGACCCCCUGCGGAAGAGCGCGCCAGACAGAAACCGAAAUCUGAGGGAAAACUCGAGCUCUCCUUGCAAACAGACCACCAAACCGAGCAGGUAGCUGAGGUUAAUCAUGUUCCAAAUGUCAUGUUACACACUCGCAGGGAUUACAUGCUUGAGGAAAGAAUGAGGUCACCCUACAGGUAAUGUAAUAGUGCAGAUUACCAUGAGCAAAUUGAAUUUGACUCUGAUCCAACACAUAUUGGGUGUCAUGCCAGAGACUGCCAGUUCUCCACUGGGCUGGCCCUAAUUUGAACAUGCAGCACAAAGCCGUCCCGCAAAGUGCCCGCUUCUUUUCAGCUACCGACAAAUUAGGUGCAGUGUGGUCAUGUUGUGAUCUCCUGUUGCGGAUGGUGAUGAUGUGAUUACGAGGCAUUCGCACAGAAAGUAGGACACUGGAAGUGAAAUGGGUCAGUCGUUACAGUGUGUCUCACAGGUACCGCGGGGAUAGAGGGAGUAGCGGGUCCUGCUGCAUCUGGAGGGUCCGGCUUUCUCUCCCGUCUGCCACCGCUGACUCUCCAAGAGUGUACGGCGGCUCGCUCUAAUGAGGUGACGAAGAAUGUGAGGAAUGCCAUGCUCCUGCUGAAAUGAGAGGGGCUGGGGUGAGAUAUCAGCGAGUCUUGGGCUGCCCACCUUCUAAUUAAUAUGUGCUGAGGAUGACCAACCAACGGGGCUGAGACACACCGACCUGCCCACAUGAAGGAGCAGGAGCAGGAGGAGGAGGAGGAGGAGGACAGGUGUGAAGCAGACUUGACUUGGAGAAACCUGCCCCAAUCAGAAAACGAUGAGUCUAUUUGUCAUCACGCUGAAGACAGAGAUGACACUCCUCAGCAGCAGUUAAUCAUUACUGCCAUUGCCCAGUCAACAGCAGCUUGUUAAAGUAAAGUGAAGUUAGCACAAUAAUGAGCUGCAGGGUUGUUAACAGCAAAGACAGAAGAGGAGGAGGAGGAGGAGGAGGAGGAGGAGGCUCUCUGUUGUUCCCUCUGGCAGACUACAGAUGGGUUAAUAACAGGCUGUCUGAGUCGGGCAGAUGGGACUCUCUCUCAGGUUCCUGGGAGACGGAGUCAAGCGUGUGUUUUUUUUCCACAUUAACAGAAAAACACUCGCAGACACACAUUUUCAUCACAAGCUGCAAACAUUUUCUCCUCGGCAGCUUUGAAGUGAAGUGAAGCCUGGAGCAGGAGAUUCCGGGCUAACGACGUCCAACAUGGGACUCCUCACGACAGAGACACAGAGCUCGUGUUCCAGGGGGAGAAACCGCAGGAGCCGCUGGACAAACACAGUCAUCAGCACAUUACAGGGGACAGGCCUGAGGCUGCUCUAUUAUCUCAGUGUGGGCUCCACCAAAAGCUAUAAUUAGUGGGCAAUUCAGGACUUAACCUGAGAGACAAUUUGAUCGAAAACUGAUAAAAGUUGCUCUGAAAGGUAUUUAUGACGUUACGAUACUUCAUCAAUCAGCGUCUGCUGGGGUGACGUCACACAGCCGGGCUUUGUGCGGGGAUUAGGACUCUGCUGACGGACAGCUGCAAACAGAGAGCGCCCUCUUCUUCUUCUUCUUCUUCCAUGAUUCUGAUCUCUGUACGGUCAAAUCAUGAUUUUAGAAAGCCUGACCGGUUACACAACAGCAGCAUGUGAAAACUCCAGUAAAAAGACGUGUUUUCAGAGUCCACUCUAGACAGAUAGAGCCAGAAGGGUCCGAUGUGCCAGGGGUCAUGUUCUUGGAGAGCGCUGCAUUUCUUUUCUCCACGUCUCAGACAUAAUGUGCUGGCAGUACGCCCGGAAUAACGAGACAAAAACAUCUCCGCUGUCUUCCUAAUUCUGUUCUGACGAAUAUGUGGGGUACACUAUCUCUUAGAGCGGGAGGAACCAGAACCAACGCCUGAGGGAAGCACUUUUAAGAUGGGCUAUUCUUUCAUAAGCCGGCGUAGGCCUCCUUCGGACUCAGGGUAGGUGGUGUCACGCAGGACCCCUCUGUAAUCCAAUCUGCAGCAGCUUUCAAUUAACGAGCCGCGGGAGUUCAGGGUCCUGAUAUCCUCACACAGGAGCUACAUUCUCUGCAGCAUCACCUCCAACUACAACAGAGCCUCUAAAUUGUUCAUAUUCAGCUCGCUAAAAACACAAAAACUGCACUUUAAGUUGAUGUCUGAACGCCUCACACUCCCCUGUCUUUGGUAAGAGCUCUGCACAGGACUGAUGUAACGCGCUCAUUGUUUAAAACUGCUCCUUGAAUAGCAUCAUCUGGUGGUGUCUCAGAUUUUCCAUAAGCAAAGAUGUCCAGGCCUGCAGAGAGGAGCAGAUAGGAGUGUUUCAGUGUGUCAAAAGACCAGCAGUGGCAGUUACCCAAGAAAACCUGAGCCAGCCCUGCAGACUCAGCUAAACACACUCCACAUCGCUGACUAAAUAGAUCAGCACGUCAUUAGACAAAAGAAAAUAUUUGUCUUCGAGCAGCGUCCGGAUUAGUAACUUUCAAACCACACGGUCUGAAAAAAAUGUGUUGGUAGAAACCUGAUUUAAACAAAUCAUGAUGGAGACCAGAUGUAUUCAGUGAUAGCUCAGAGCAGGAGGUAAAAGUGUGCAGGGAUGUACAGGCCACUCUGUACUCUUAUUAUAUGUUUCCUGUCAUGGAAAGUCCGAGCAGCAGGGAGAGCCGGAGAUUUCCUUUCAGAUCUAAUCUUCUCGGGUAGCUCUGUUUUCUGGAGCUGUAAUGAUCUCCAGCCUAGCGCCCUCGGAUGUGAAUGCACGGGGUUUCUGAGCUGGCCCAGCUCCUGGCACGUCACAGAGGAACCCAGCAGUGCAUCCUGACACAUAGGACUCCAUUGAUGCUCUGUCAAAAUAAAUAAGGAGCUCCUUCUUUGACGGGUUUCAGUUAAAACGGCGGGGAAAGAUGUAUCAAAUUAGGCAUGCAUGUGUAGUCUUCAUUCUUCACGCAACAAAAGUGGGUCAGUUAUGACAGCUUUUUUCAUUACAACACGGUCAUGUUCUUCAUUUUCUCUCCCCGUCUCUUGGCAGGCUUCGGUGAUUUGGACACUAACUCAUGGAUCCCCCUUCGAUGAUCCUUCUGGGGCUCCUUCUUAUUUAUGGACUAUCCUGCGGUGUCCAGCAGACGCAAGGAAGUACGUCAGACAGCGGACAUGGCAAGGACAAGGUCCAAGAAUUUGAGAGCAGCGAGGAUGGUCUGGAGAGAGAGUUUCUCUACGCUGGAAGGAGCAAACGCGCUCCGGCCGACCAGCAGCAGCAGGACAAAUGUUCGUACACUUUCAUCGUGCCGCAGCAGAAAGUGACCGGCGCCAUCUGUGUCAACUCCAAGGAGCCGGAGGCCAUGCUGGAGAACCGUGUCAACAAACAAGAGUUAGAGCUGCUAAACGUGGAGCUGCAGAAACAGAAGAGACAGAUCGAGACCCUGCAGCAGCUGGUGGAGGUGGACGGAGGGAUCGUCAACGAGGUCAAGCUGCUGAGGAAGGAGAGCCGAAACAUGAACUCCAGAGUCACUCAGCUGUACAUGCAACUGCUCCACGAGAUCAUCAGGAAGAGAGACAACGCCUUAGAGCUGGCGCAGAUGGAGAACAAGAUCCUGAACCAGACCUCUGAGAUGCAGCAGCUCACCAGCCGCUACAAAGAUCUCGAGCACAAGUACCAGCACUUGGCGUCUUUGGCCACGAACCAAUCGGCUCUUAUCGCCCUCUUGGAGGAGCAGUGUCAGAGCCGCCCUCCUCCUCGCCACGUUCCGGUCCCCCAGCCACGGCCUCAGCCUCCUCCGGCAUCCCCGCCUCUAAACAAGCCUUUCCCACCACCUGUCCUCCCACGAAUCAACAACCCAAUCAGCAAUGAGAUCCAGAGCGACCAAAAAUCCCAACCACCUCUUCCCACUAUGCCCACUGGGACCCACAGCCCCUCCACCACUGACAAACCCUCUGGUGAGUCUAACCACAAUCACAUCUUUAAAGAGUUCCAGAUUUUAAGCUCUAUUUUUGACAGACGCUCACCAAACAUGCCAGUAACGACCACAAUCAGUGGUCAGAGACAAAGAAUAGUGUGCUGCGGACCAAAUCGUGGAUCACAUGGAGAUACCAGGCACCCAUUCUUCCAGUCAUCGCAAAUCUGAAUACAUCCCACACAUUCCCAGAGCAAAAGGGCUCUCAGGGAGAACAGAAAUGCUUUUGUCCGCCGCAGCCUUUUGAGAUGCAUAUCAUCUAAUGAUUCAACGCCAUGAGUCAACCGCCCUUAAAAAAAAUCAGGAUAAACAUUUAAGCUAGAAUAUAGACAGAUGGAUCCUCGCUGAUGAGGCCAAUGAACACAGAAGUUAGUGGAUAAUAAAGCGUCUAAAUUAAAGAGUAAUCUGUAAUGAUCCGCUGAUGUUUCCUUUCCCAACCUGACUACUGGGAGUUUCUUUCCACUGACACUCUGUGACACAGUCACACCAGGCUGUGUGUGAACGGUAGUCUUUGUACUUUGUAGGCAAGUAAUUUCCUGCCCACAGCCACACGGCUAACACCCUGAAUUGUUACAUAAACUCUUAACACGAAUGGAGAGUUUCACACAAUGUCAGAGAACACAAACCUGAAAGAGCGGCUGAAAGAGGGGAUGGUUGUCUCCGAAAAAAAAGGGGGAGGGGCCGAGCGCGAACAGAUAGAGAUACCAGGAGUCGGUGAUGUCAUUUGUUCCACUUGCACCAGGCGAGAAUCAGUCAUAUGUUCCACCGAGCUGCAGACUUUAUCAAGCAGAACAGACCGAGGCAGGGCAGGGCAGCGCUCCCUCCGGCUUGUAUCUCAACAGAGAAAAUUCCUCAGAUUAAAUGGAUGGCAGAGAGACAGCUAUAACCCAGAGUAACUUCAUAUAAAAACGCACAAUCUUCUGGCUGUUUCUGUUUAUGUUUGGCAUCACAACACAGCAGGAUCUCAUGACACACCUCCUCUUUCUUUAUCUCUCCUUAAAAACUUGUUUUUCCCUCACCUCUGCCUCGACUCUCUUUUCAUUUGUCUCCAUUGUAUUUAAACACUUUGUAAUCCGGGCCAGUUGGCAAACCGCGCAAGUGUGAAAUCUUGAGAACUUAAACACUUUCACAGCCAAUUGAAUCAGGGGAGCCAGUUGCCCCGUUAUUUGGCGCAGGAAAAAAAGAUUCACUGAUUUCAGACAUAAAAACUGACCUCGCACGAAAGCUACAAACUUUAGCAGCAUGGCUUCUAUUAGUGUAAUUUAAAACACUACUCUUGUUCGACAAGCAGCUUAGUAGUGGCUGUCCUGUUACAUUACAUAAUAACUAUUAUAUUUAAAAAAGAGCAGAUGAAUACAAGGUUUUUUUUGUGCACAUUGUCCUCAAGUUAACUCAAUCCCAGCUUUAAAAGAUACGAUGUGAAACCUGAACCUGUAAGCCUCCACUUUAAGGAUGUGUCUGUAUUAUAUAAACUACUAAAAAAACUAAGUCAAAUAAUCCCGCACUGUGCAGCGUCCCAGAUGCUUGAAACUUCUUUGCUACUGUUUCCUCAUUCAGCAGUCAGAAUUCCCUUUUUGCCGUCAUGCCAGUGUUUCUUUUGGCCGCGCGAUCGGCAGCCAUUUCCCUUGUGAGAGAAGACGCCAAAGUCAAUUCUGCAGUUAAAAUGAGAGCCUCUGUUGAAAAAUGGGAUUCCCUGUGGCAGAGGAUAAAAACCUUAGUGUCACUGAGGUUGCUUCUUCUUCUUCUUCUUCAUUCCUCUCUCUUGACUUUAACUCGAUGCCAUCUCUCUGUCCAGGUCCGUUUAAAGACUGUCUUCAAGCUCUGGAAGAUGGCCACACGUCAAGCGGCAUGUAUCUGGUUAAACCGGAAAAUGCCAACCGACUGAUGCAGGUGUGGUGCGACCAGAGACAUGACCCAGGUGGCUGGACUGUGAUCCAAAGGAGGGUGGACGGCUCUGUCAACUUCUUCAGGAACUGGGAGACCUACAAGGUGAGACAACCUCACACCAAAUCAAAGACCUCAUAGUGUAGAGGGAAGCUGGUGGCUUAAGUAGGUCGUUUUCACCAGCCAGAUGUGAAGCUGUAAUGAAUAGGUAAUUGUUGGGGUUUUUAAAAAUGUCUGAUGCAGAAACAGCCUCGGUCCCAGCUGAACUUACAUGACUCAUUAGUUCCAGCGACAUCAAUUGGUCUUUGUGACUUCACACCGAAAUAGAAACGAGGAAACUGGAUCUUCAAGCCACUCAGCAAUUCCUCGUUUUCUCCCACUUGGCCCAGAUCCACGGUUGAGAUCUUUCCAAGACUUUUAUAGAAACCUUCAAACCAUGUUGUAUUCGAUAAUGCGCUUUUACAUUUAUCCAAACGGGUGUUUCCAAGAUUCAAAACAUGUGCGGGGUAGGAGAUACCACAAACCAACUUGAAGUGUAAAGCCCGAGCCAGAGAAAAAUCAGCAACCAUCCAGUCAGGUUUUACACCAUAUGCAGUUAAUCCUGCUGUGUUUUCAAUAACAGAAAAAUAGAGGAAAUCUGGACACCUGAUGUUAGCUAUAAACUUCACUCCGAGGGUUCAUUUAUAUUAAUGUUCCAUGACAAUAAACGACCCCAUAGAUGGGCUCGACUCUCAAUUACCUCCAGACCGUGAGGUACGACCCGGGCUCACCCCUGAGACCUUCAAAGCGACUGUUUUAAAAAGAGCAUUCAGCAUCAUGUUUUUGUUCUGCACUUCACAGCAAGGCUUUGGCAACAUCGAUGGAGAGUACUGGCUCGGUCUGGAGAACAUCUACUGGCUGACGAACCAGGGGAACUACAAACUACUGGUCACACUGGAGGACUGGUCCGGCAGGAAGGUGUUCGCGGAGUACGCCAGCUUCAGAGUGGAGCCUGAAGCAGAUUUCUACAAGCUGAGGGUGGGACGUUACCACGGAAACGCCGGGGACUCACUCACAUGGCACAACGGCAAGCAGUUCACAACACUGGACAGAGAUCAUGACGCGUAUACAGGUAAGACAUCUUAUAUCUUUACAUCUACACGCAUGAUUGCGCUCCAACAGCUUCAUUUAUUCAUUCAUGAUCUCAACGUUUCUAGGAAACUGCGCCCACUACCAAAAAGGAGGCUGGUGGUACAACUCCUGCGCUCAUUCAAAUCUGAACGGCGUCUGGUACAGAGGAGGACAUUACCGCAGCCGCUAUCAGGACGGAGUCUACUGGGCGGAGUUCAGAGGAGGAGCCUAUUCGCUAAAGAAAGUGGUCAUGAUGAUCCGUCCAAACCCAAACACCUUCCACUAAGCGCCCAAGAACCAGUACUGUAUUCUGAACCGAGAACUAACAGGACAGCUCCUUCAGUUCGAGCACGCAUGAUCGUCUUUGUUUAGCAGAUGGAGCCCAGUCAAGAGAGAUGAGAAGGAAAACGUUGAAAGUGCAAUAUCAUGACGUCAAACAGAGAAACUGGUACCUCAUGACAGUCCAGACGGUGCUCUUUGUACUCCAUAACCCAGAGUCUGUACCAUGUCCCCUUUUAAACGUAGUUUUGAGGAUGUAUGGUGAUUGCUCAGGAGUUGUUUUAAAUACACCGGGUCUCAUUCAUGAACCGUGAGUAAAUCUGUGUGGAAAUCAGCGGCACUUAAAAAUCCUCUAUACUAAAAAACCUUCACUUACAGAUCUGACACGUGCACAUACAUGAUCACCAGUCAUGAGUUAAUUCACAGUCUCAGGGUUCCUACACAGUUGGAAUUUCCAUACUUUUCCAUGCCCUACUUUUUAGAUUAUUUUUGGAUUACUCUUCUAUUUUAGAAAACAGUAUUUUAGGACGGUGGUUAAAGUCUGGAAACAUAAAUAUUUUUCCAUACUUUAUUUUUCAUUUUCCAAACUUUUUAAGACCUGGAAAUCGAUCACAUUUAUUUCCAUUCUUGCGUAGGAGCCCUGCAGUCUACUCCCACUGAUCCAGUCAACAAUAAUCAUCAUUGAUCGUGGAGACAACAUAUACAUUAAGUCAUUUUAAACCCAUUCUGUGCAUUAUAUAUAAUGUAUUCAUUCUAGUUGGUGUUAGAACUGACAGAAACGUAGAAACUCAGAUAUUAAUGAAUGUUGGAUCGUGUGUAAAAUUCCUAAAAACACAAAUUGAUUCUCUCGAUUCAUGAAUGAGACCCGCUUUAUUUAGUCUAAACAAAAACAUUAGCAGACAGUGCUCUUAAUUGACCAACUAGUACUGUAUUUGAGAUUAACAUUUACCUAGCUUUGAGAUAGGAACCCUACACUUUAUAUUUAGUUUGUAUGUUAAUUUUUUUUCUUUUGUUUGUUAGUUUUUUUUUUCCUCAAACAAGGAUUGACACAGGAACCGAUUCCAGUGACUUAAUUUCAUUCUGAAAACAUUUUUUUUUAAAUGUGUAAUUUAUAGACACAGUAACAUUUAUUAACUUUUACUACAGGGUUAAUAUUCUGGCCAGUUUUGUCAGUUACAUUAUACUAAAUAUAUUACACAAGUAUUGCUGUUGUCAAAAUAGUUUGAACUGCUUGGAGAGGUACCCAUCAAUUUGCUUGUAUGAAUCAAGCACUGUAUUUACUGUAUAAAUUAAGCAAUUGUUGGUGUCUGUAGACCCGACACACUGCGUUUGUACAUAAGAUAUUUGUAAUAUAAUGUUGUAAAACGUGUUAUUUCUCUUUUCAUUUGCAAUAAAAAUGUACAGCCUGUG